GAAGCACUUCUGUUUGUUUUGCUUCAAAAGCGGUUUAUAAAGCGUAAGUGUUUUCUGCUUCUAGAUGAGAAUAAACUGACCAACUGAGUAAGGAAGCGAUGAAUCUAGAAUUGCUUGAAUCAUUCGGUCAAAACUACCCAGAAGAAUUCGAUGGCUCUCUCGAUUGCAUUUCGUUGGCGGUAACGUGUGCAUUCAAUAAGUACGGCACGCUGCUUGCGGUAGGCUGCAACGAUGGGCGCGUCGUCAUAUGGGACUUUCUGACGCGCGGCAUAGCCAAGAUCAUUUCCGCUCACGUCCACCCGGUGUGCAGUUUGUGUUGGUCCCGGAACGGCCACAAGCUACUAUCUGCUUCCACCGACAACAACGUCUGCAUCUGGGACGUGCUUAGUGGAGACUGCGAGCAAAAGUACCGGUUUCCAUCACCGAUCCUCAAGGUGCAGUUCCAUCCGCGGAAUGAUGAUAAAUUUCUCGUCUGUCCAAUGCGCUACGCGGCGAUCUUGGUCGACGUUGGAGGUAAACACGAGUGUCUACCGCUGGACAAUGAUGGUGACCUGAACAUCGUCGCAGCGUUCGAUCGUCGAGGGGAACACAUAUACACGGGUAACGCAAAGGGAAAGAUACUCGUACUGAACGCAAACACGCUGGAAAUCGUGGCAAGUUUUAAGAUAGUGCUGGGCAGUUCUAGCGUGACCGCUGUAAAAAGCAUUGAGUUCGCACGCCGUGGAGAGGCAUUCCUAGUGAAUACUUCGGAUCGAGUAAUUCGAGUGUACGAUUCCAAGGAGGUGGUUACGUGCGGGAAGGACGGUGAACCGGAACCCAUUCAAAAAUUGCAGGAUCUUGUUAACAAAACGACGUGGAAAAAAUGUUGCUUCUCGGGCGACGGCGAGUAUAUAUGCGCCGGAAGUGCCCGCCAGCAUGCGCUGUACAUCUGGGAGAAGUCGAUCGGUAACCUGGUGAAAAUUCUGCACGGCACUAAGGGUGAGCUACUGCUCGAUGUCGUCUGGCAUCCGGUGAGGCCCAUCAUCACUAGCAUCAGCUCGGGGCUGGUGUCGAUCUGGGCCCAGAAUCAGGUAGAAAAUUGGUCCGCCUUUGCGCCCGAUUUCAAGGAACUGGACGAAAACGUCGAGUACGAGGAACGCGAGUCCGAGUUCGACAUCACCGACGAGGACAAGUCGGUCGAUCUGGCAGCGGAAUCGAAGCAAGACGAGGAGGUCGAGGUGGACGUGGUAUCGGCGGAACCGAUCGCCGCGUUCUGCAGCUCGGACGAAGAGUACGAGGACGAGACGGCGCUACAGUUUCUUCCGAUGGCCCCGGAGGUGGAGGAUCCGGAGGACGGAUGGGGUUCGCAGGAAAAUGCCGACACCCUCGGCGGCGGUGGUUUCGGGAACACCGGGCCCGGUGCCUCUUCUGGUGGAGCGACGGGACUCGGCUCUGGUGCAUCCCUUGGCAAUCAGGACUCGAUGAAGGAGAAUGAACCGCUGAUGAAGAAGCGCAAAACGAGCCAGUUUGAAAUUUCACUCGAUAACGCCCCGAUCGAUGACGUGCACCCGCUGCUGUUGAAUAAAACAAACAAGGACAAACAAUCGACCACGAACAAGAAAACGGGGGGUCGGCCGCGAAAGUAAACCUCUUGUGCGACACUCGGACUAGAAAUAAAACAAUCCACAGUAAUUUGUAACUUUUAAUUAUUAUGAACUUUUCUCAUUUGCCGUGUCUUAAAAAAAUAUC